AUGAUUCCUGAAUAAUAAUAGGGAAUAACAGAGGAGGAGAAAGAACUCAUCCUCAUUGAAGAAUUGUCUUAAAAAUUGGAAGGCUUAUAUAAGGACAUGGAAUAAAUAAGGAGAGAGAAUCUGCUAUUUGAAUCUUAUAUUAUGCGAAACUCCAAAGAUUUACAGAGAGAAGACGAAGCUGAAGACAAAAAGUAGAAAACUAAAAAGAAAAAUUAACCAGUUGAUAAAAAAGUAAACCAAUUUUCGAUUGUAUUAGACUAUGUAAUUGACCAAUGAAGAAAAAUACGAAAUUGCUCAAUUUGAGAGUGACACUCUCAAGAAGAAUAUUGAAGAGGGCAGAAUUAGAUCAGAUUAAAUCUUAGAAACAUUGAGAGUAAUUUAUAAUUGAAGCUAUUUAGGCAAUAUUGGAAGAAACAGAUAAAGCUAUUACUGAAAUUAGAAAGGAUGCUUUUGAUUUCCAAAGAGAAAUCCUGUUUGCAGGUGAAAAUACUAGGACUGGUAAAAUAGAGGCAGAGAGAAUAGAAAAGUAUUUUAAAGAGAAAUUAGCAUAAAAAGUAAUAAAAAAUUACAAUUAAAUAUAGGAUGCUUAAAUUGAAAAAUAUAAAUAAAAAAAAGCCAAUAUAGAAUAAUAAAUUACUAAAACUAGCAAUUAAAUUUAAAAGAAAGAAGAAAUGGGUGAUGAUUUAAAGUUUAUUGACUUCCAUCAAUUAUAAAUUGAAAAUAAAAAGUAUGUUAAGUAAAUAGAUGAGAAAAAUAAAAAACUACUUGGAUUAAAAAUAGCCACUGGUAAAAUAUCCUCUGUUUUAAUCGAGGAAAGAAAUCAACUCUAAAAUGAAAUUGAUCAAUGCAAUAUACUUAUAUAAGAAAUUGAUGACAAAAACAAAAAAAUAGCUAAAACACAAGAACAAACAAAAAAAGUUAAAACUUAAAUAGCCUCCUUAACAGAAAAGAAGAAAAAAUUUGCAAUUCAACUUGAAUAAGUCAAUAAUGCAACCAAUGAAGAUAUUCCUAAAGUACAUCUUAUUAUAAAUCAAUAUAGGCUAUGACAUACGUAUUGCAGAAAAGGAAAGAAGAAGAAUUAGUCUAUAAGAUUAGAAAUACUAAUCGUAAAAUAGAAAUAGCAGAAUUAGCCUAUCAAAAGGCAUGUAAAGCAUUAGGCAUGAAUCCAAUAUAAUAAUGAAGCAUAU